AUGGGUCUUUUUCAGAUUCUCCAGAAGUUGUGGAGACACAAGUAUAUCUACAUGAUAAUCUUGACUAUAACUGUGGUGUUCUACGUCUCCAUUCUGAAAGGGAGGCCAGCCAAAAUUACAACGGAGUGGGAAACUCCAUUGUCCUUAAAGCUUUUGCCAGAAGAAAAAUACAAGUCCAUGUUCUUGUUUGAUGGAAUUUGGCUGGGACCAAAGAAUCACUGUGAGUGUGUCAGAGCCAACAAGCUGACAGUCUAUCAGCUGGAUAAUUAUAUUGAUAAAGAUAAACUCGCCUCUGUCACAGAAAGACGUGAAAAGGAAUUCAGAGAUUAUCUGAGAAGGUAUCCCCUUGAGACAAAAGACAUUGUUAUUGCUCAGCCAAACACUCCUUUGAGCUACCCCAUUCAAGGGGCUGAGGUAAUGCCUUUGCACACCGUUGUGAUUCCAGGGCUUGGUUUCCAUGGAACAAGUACAGAAAAUCUCCAGGUGAUUCUACAGACAUCAUUUGGUGCUCUGAACACCCUUGUUGAUGUAGCUGAAGAUGUUGUGCAUGGGCGAGGGGAGAAAAAGCUGAUAAUCUCAACUUCCCAUGUGGAGCUGCUAAAUUACAUACUGGAACACAUCACAUACACUAGUACAGAGUACCUGCUCGAUGUAGUGGAUAUGGUGAAAUUUACAAUAGGAACUCAUCAUGUUAGGUUUCCUGUGACCAUCCGACAGCCAGGCCUCCCUAAGCUGUUUGACCCAGGAUCAGGUAAUGAUGUCAAUAAUCUGGUGACCAUCACAACAAAAACUUUCUUGCGCUACCACAAACUGCGGAUCCUCAUCAAGAGCAUAAGACAGUAUUAUCCGUAUAUGAAGGUCAUUGUGGCAGACGACAGUGAACAUCCAGAGAUGAUCCAAGAGGCUAAUGUUGAACAAUACAUUAUGCCCUUUGCAAAGGGCUGGUUUGCAGGGAGAAACCUCGCCAUCUCUCAAGUCACAACCAAAUAUUACCUCUGGGUGGAUGAUGACUUCUUGUUCACUGCCAACACCAAGAUUGAGAAACUAGUGGAUGUGUUGGAGAACAGCAACUUGGAUGUGGUCGGAGGCAGCGUUGGUGGGAAUGACUACAAAUUUAAGCUCAUCUAUGAGGAAGGAGCGGACAGCGGCUGUUUACACCUCCGAUAUGGCUUCUACCACCGCCUAGAAGGCUUUCCCAAUUGUGUGGUCGCCAGUGGGGUAGUCAAUUUCUUCCUCGCUCAUACUGAGAAGAGCAGGCGUGUUGGAUUUGACCCUAAGCUGCAGAGGGUGGCUCACUCAGAGUAUUUUAUGGACGGACUGGGGAGUUUACGUGUGGGCUCCUGUAAUCAUGUUGUCGUAGGCCACCAGCCACGCAACACUGAAACUGACUCAGAGAAGGUUGCUGUUGAGAAGACGUAUGGUAGAUUCCGGGCCAACACACAGGAACAGAUCCGGUUUAAACUGGCUUUGCAUUACUUUAAGAACAGGAUGAAGUGCUACACACAGGGGUGA